CACGGCCGGAGAGGGGAGACAUAACGUGUUAAAUUACUAUACGACGGUCCGAUAAAUUCUGAAAUGUACAUUAACACGGUAAACAUUUUUUAAUGCUAUAGCUGAAUACUGUAUACGGUUGAUAUUAUGACUAAGCGCCGUGUCGUUAUCAAACAACAUCACUAUCGGUUACAAAUCUCACCAUAAGCGGAUUGGUUUAGCCCUAUUUAUUAACGGCAGCCGAGCCUGGCGCCUCUCAGCACCCCCUCCUCCGCGGACCAACAGAAACGCUUUAUCAUCAAAGCGAUUUAAUUAGCUAUAUUUUAUUAUUUGUUAUCAGUCUAAGGAUAAGUACUGGAAUGCGAAAUGUAAACCAGACCCGAGUCUCUUCGCGUACACGAUAAGCAGAGUCUUUAGGUCCAGCAUCCAGUCAUGUUUCUUGUGCAUCAGCUGCUGCAGAUCUCUGUGCUGCUGGAUGCGACGUGGUGGCUGGUGGUUUCUGCCAGCCCUACCGAUGAUAAUGUACUGCGGACCGGCCAUGGAGAGCACGGAGAACCGGGCCAUGAAGAACCCCAUAAAGAUUCUUACAGCACAUUCGCCUCCGAGUUUCUCGAAUCCAGAUACCUUUCAGACGAAGGUUACCCCUUCCCAACUGCACCCCCUGUAGACCCGUUUGCCCGCAUCAAAGUUAGUGACUGUGGAAUAACCAAAGGAUGCAUCAGAUAUGGCAAACCAGGCUGUGAUGCAGAGACCUGUGACUACUUCCUGAGUUUCAGGCGCAUUGGCACAGAUGUGGAAUUUGAGAUGAGUGCAGACACCGAUGGAUGGGUUGCUGUCGGUUUCUCCUCUGACAAAAAAAUGGGAGGUGAUGAUGUCAUGGGCUGCGUUCAUGAUGAUAAUGGACGUGUACGGAUCCAUCAUUUCUACAACGUGGGCCAGUGGGCCAAAGAGAUCAAGCGCAACCCGGCGCGGGACGAGGAGGGCAUCUUUGAAAACAACCGCGUCACAUGUCGCUUCAAACGGCCUCUUCACGUGUCGCGGGAGGAGACGCUGGUGGACCUGCACCUGAGCUGGUACUAUCUGUUUGCUUGGGGACCUGCCAUACAAGGUUCCAUCACAAGGCAUGACAUUGACUCCCCACCGGUGUCAGAUCGCAUGAUAAGCAUCUAUAAAUAUGAGGACAUUUUCAUGCCUGCCACAGCCUAUCAGACAUUCUCUUCUCCCUUUUGCCUCCUCCUCAUCGUUGCUCUUACCUUCUACCUACUGAUGGGCACACCAUAACCAGCAAAGCCAUGUCACUGGAGCCACUAUUAGCACGAUUGUGUGCCAACUUUACAGUAUUAGAAACGGCCAUCAAUAAAUUGCAAUUCUAUAAUAUCCUCAGUCUACAUACACUAAGGAGGUAUUUGAACUGUGAAUUAAUAUUCAGUUAUAUACCAUGAUUCUCAUUCAGAUGAGAUAGUCAACCACACACUUACACACUACAAUAUAUUUAAUUGUGAUAAGAGUUGAGUCCCCCGAAUUAUAUAUUACAGUAGGUAUAGCCUACAAUAGUUGAAACAAACUGAGCCAAAUUAAUAUUAAUAUUUAGUAUACUUAAAGUGUGGUCAAAUUAGUAAAAAUUUAAGCUAAAUUUAGUAUGCAAAAAAU